AAGGGGAGCUGGACCUAAGACCUCCCGGGAGAGAGGAGCCCAGACCUGGAAACAGCAGCCACCGCCUGAGCCGGCCCCUCUCGGCCUCCAUGGACGUCAGGCAGAUCCAGGGGGCCCACAGCCAAACCCCCAGACCCGCCAGCCCUACGCCAGAAAUAGUGCUUUGGGAUCAGCCUGAGGACUGGGGGCUUGGGGCCACACUCAGCCUGGAGGAGCAAGUGCUCAACUCCACGUUUGAAGCUUGUGACUCGGAAAAGAAAGGUGUGGUGGCUGUGGGGCAGGUUCUGGCCUACCUAGAAGCAGUGACGGGGCGCAGUCCCCAGGACAGUGACCUGUGCAGCUUGGCUCAGGCCCUGGACCCCAGCGGGGAGGGUCCCACCGCCAUUGUAAACCGAGCCACCUUCUUCAGCAUCAUGCAGGACUGGAUCGCCACCUGCCAGCUGGGGCCGGGAUUAGAACUGGAGGAGGAGGCAGCCGUGGAACCCAGCCUCCAGCCAUCUGGAAUCCCGGCCCAGCUGGAAAGCUAUGGAGAUGAGGAGCCGGGGCCGGAGCUACCGGCCACAGCCGAGCUGCUCAGCAACCUGGAGGAGCUGGAACUCAGCAAUCGCCGGCUAGCCGGUGAGAACGCCAAGCUGCAGAGGAGCGUGGAGACGGCCGAUGAGGGGGCCGCCCGCCUCGGGGAGGAGCUGGCCUCCCUGCGAAAGCAGCUGCGCAGUUCCCAGCAGGCUUUGCAGUUUGCCAAGGCAGUGGAUGAGGAACUAGAAGACAUGAAGAGUUUGGCCAAAAGCCUGGAGGAGAAGAAUCGCAGCCUUGUGGCCCAGGCCCGGCAGACGGAAAGAGAACAGCAGCAGCUGGUGGCUGAGGUGGAGACCCUGCAGGAGGAGGUAGGCCUGGGAGGGGAGAGAGGGCUAUGGGCAGGGGCUCAGGGAGCAGCAGGAGCUUCCCGGGGGAGAGCAGCCCUCAACAUCCUCCGUCUGCAUGCUGGGCAGGCCGUGACUCAGCAGCCAGGCCGCGCCGGCCUUGCCCUGCCCUUCACCGGACAGCCUGAGGUGGCUGACGAAGGCAACUCAGCGGGGGUGGGGCCCGGGCCGGGCCUGUCCUGGGCCCCACCCGUUCUGGGGGCCACUGCCUACAGCCGCCUGUUUCUCCUGUUCCCCAGAACGGAAGCUGCUGGCCGAGGGGAAGGGGAAGAAGAGGAGCGGGGAGCGGUUGUGGGAGAAGGAGGCCUGAGGGUACGCCCCCGGGGGCCUCCGGGCCCACCCCCCCUCCUCAGCUCCAGGUCCAGCUCAGGCAUGAACAGAUGGACUGGCCCCUCUCCCCCCCUGCAGCGUCAGCUGUGUGAGUAUGAGAGCCUCAUUUGCCAUCGAGACCAUGUCCUUUCCGAGCGGACAAAUCGGACAGAAAAUCUGACCGAGGCCUUGGAGGAGUAUAGGGCCACAAUCCAGGUGGGUGCCAGGCCCUGGGCCGCACUCCGCUUCCCCCGGGACAUCUCUGACGGGGGGCUUGGGGACCCUGGGGGAGGAGGGGCCCUGGAGGGGCCCCACGAGCUAGUAGGCGGAUGGAUGAAGCUGCACCCCCAGUCGCUGUGCUUGGAGAUCGAGGCCAUUCGGCAGAGACAAGAGCUGGGGGCCAGCCUCCUCAACCCUCUGUGUGGUUCCCAGCCUUGGGGAGAGCCCCUGGAGGGCCCCGGAGGAACGGGGGCCCCCACUGAGGAGCCGAACACAAGCUCAGAGAAGCCGCAUGAAUCGCACAGCAGCUGGAAGGAGGAGAAUUCCUGGUCACUCAAAGAGAGGGAUGGUCAAAGAGCCGACGAGACGGGGACAAAGCCCCAAGACACGGCCGGACACCCAACCACCCUCUGGGGACCCCGGCCCGACGAUAGGACCCGCCCUGAUGCUGGGAGCAGCCCCAAGGAGCCAGCUGUCCAUCAGGCCUCGGAGCCUGUAAUGAGCCAACUGGUUUCGGCUGAGAGGAGGACAGGCUGGGGACAGAUCUACCCUCUCCCUUUGGCUGCCCCGAGACACAGGACUCCCACCUUUUCAGGGGCCCAGCCUCCCAUCCUGGGCCUCCUGUUCCUGCUGCUGCUGCUCUCUUUCCUGGUCCUGGUCUCCUCCAGGCCUCUGGCCUGGCCCCAACUCCAGCUGCACUACCUCCAGACCCCACCAGUGUGAGCCCCGAAGUCUCUGAUCCAAUAAACUCCCUCCAUGCCCCAUC